AUGGGGAAAACCAACACCACCACCCCCUCCUCUAAGCGUGGACGCCCUGAAGAUUCUCCUGGGGCUGCCUCCUCUCCAGGCAGCGGCGUGAGCGACAUCCUUGAUUCAAUUGAUAAAAAGCUCUCCAGCCUUGACUGCCGCCUUAAUCUGCUGGAGAUCCUCCACAAAGAAUUUGAAGGCCUGCGGGAGUCUCUGGAGUUCAGCCAGCAACAGGUGCGGGAGGUCGCAGCGGAGAACCAGGCCCUCAGAGAGACCAUGAAGAUCCUGGGCAACGACACCGCGAGGAGCAUGAGGGACAACCUGGUGAAAUCUGGGAUUCCAGAAGAAGCAGGGGAAGACCCAGAGGCCACCGUGAAGUCCUUCAUGGAGGCCCGCCUGAAGCUCCCCAAGGAAGAGGAGCUGGUGAAGGGCCGCGGAUGGGAGCUGAAGGGAACGCACUUCAGCGUGAACGACCAGAUCCCAGCAGAAAUCCUCCGUGGAAGAAAGAACCUGUUCCCGCUGAGGAGGAAGCAUCUUACUGCUGGAAGUGAGGAAGUGAGGAAGGACAAAAAUCUGAGUCAAGUAGAAAAAACAGGCCCUGCCCUGAAGGUCACCCUUCAAUCCAUCCUCAAGCUGUGGGAAAAUAGAGUUGGAUGUGAUGUAGUCUUGGAUGUAGGUGGUGUAUUUCUACAUGGUCACAGAGUUAUCCUGGCUGCAAGCAGCGACUUCUUCCGUGCCAUGUUUACAUGUGGCAUGAAGGAAUCUCAUCAGACCUGUGUUUCCCUUCCUUACCUUCCAGCUCCUGAGCUAAAGGCUCUUGUUGGUUUCUCCUAUGGCGGCAAACUUAUGAUCAGCUGGGACUCUGUUUUUGAGAUGACCAUCAUGGCUCUCCAGCUUCAGUUUCGGCAGGCUCUCUUGCUUUGUCUCAACUUUAUGAAAGAACAAAUGAACCUAACUUCCUGCCUGGAUGUGGCAUCUUUUGCCGAAGCCUAUGGGCUAUCAGAACUCCAUGAUGAGGCCAAGGACUUUGUUUUGAGGAACUUCAGGGAAGUGUCAACUUCAGAAAAGUUUCGUGACCUACCAGCAGGGAAACUUCUGGAACUCCUACAUUGCGAUAGUCUAUGCAUUCCAUCGGAAUUGGCUGUUUUUCGAGCUGUAAUUUCAUGGAUUGAGGCGAAUCCUGAGGAAAGACUGACACAUGCUGGCUCACUAAUGACUGCAGUACGCUUUCCUCUAAUGACCUUUCGAGAGUUCAGAGAGGUUAGGGCAGUUAACCUACAAAUGGAGUGUUUUGCAGAUAAGAAUGUAGAACUCUAUGGGUCAGCACUGAAGGAAUUUGGUUUCAGUCUUCCAAACUCCCAGGAUUAUUGUCGAGUAAGGAAACCCAAAAAUGUUCUAGUUCUAGUUGGUGGAGACCGGCUGAGCUGUGAUGAGGGCCAGCGAGUAACAAGCAAGGAAAUAUGGUUUUCCAAUUCCUUACGCAGUGGCAUGGGUUUGGUGAAGGAUAUGGAGUGGAGGAGACUGGGCGAGAUCCCAGACAAGCCAAAGUUCAGGCAUGGAGUAGCAGUAAUGCAGGGAAGGCUGUAUGUCGCGGGGGGGUGCUACUUUUAUGCCAAGGACAAUGUAAUGAAGUCAGCAUACAGUUAUGACCCAGAGACAGACAGCUGGAUGAGGCUGGCUGACAUGAAUGAGGCCAGAAGUAACUUUUCAAUGGCGGUGCAUGAAGAGCGCCUUUAUGCCAUCGGUGGAGACACAGAGAUUGACAGAAAUACAGACACUGUUGAAAUGUACAACCAAGACACCAACUCCUGGAGCUUUGUGAAGCCGCUGGACCGGGCCCUAAGUGGCUUCGCCAUCAGCGCUGUGAAAGGAGGAAUAUUUCUCUCUGGAGGCUUUGACUGCAACUACUCCUGCAUGGUUUCCCUGUUCCUGUACCACCCUGACAGAGGAACCAUUCACAUGUCUGACAUGAACCAGGACCGGGCUCAGCACUGCAUGGAGCCGCUGAGAAGACAUCUGAUUGUCGCUGGGGGUGUGUGCAACCUGAGGAAGUUUUAUGCCAACCAGCUGGCCUGUGAGGUGUAUGAUCCAGAGGCUGAUUCUUGGACGGCCCUGACACCACUGCCCAUACCCCAUGUGGGCGCUGCCUCAGCCGUGCUGGAGGAGAAGGUUUAUGUGCUAGGGGGGUACUCCCAAGAGGACUACAGUGAGUCUGGCCUUGUCCACCGCUUUGAACCCAGCACACAGCGCUGGGAGAACAUGGGCAGAGUACCAUCAGCUGUGACGGACAUAAGGGCCUGCGUCCUGCGCCUGCCGCAGCACCUCAGGCACUGAGUCAUUCAGAGUAAAAAGUUCUUGUCUUUCUUGAUGUCAUUUUGGUGUUUGUGAUCCUCUACUCUCUUUCUAAUCUGAAUCUUUAACCUGGGGUAAAUCCUCAAUAAAAUGUUGCUGUUCACCUAUGAUCAAAACUUCUCCUAAGAUCUUAAAAAAGCAUCCCAGUUUUGGACUCUUCAGUAAAUCAGCCCCUAGCUAUUGUCACAGGUUUAGUCCGCUAGAUGGUGCUGUUGAUCACAUGUGGUCAUUCUACAAAGUUCUGUGCACUUAUUACACAAAUAAAACAUAUUUCCUGGUAA